UGUUCAAUAUAGACAGUUGAUAUAAUCUAUCUUGAAACAGAAGUAUUAACUGUAUUGGAAGAAAGGUUCUUUUUUAAAGUCUGGCAGCAUCAAAAUAAAACAGUGCUGUUACAGUUCUGGUACUGUUAGCUAUCCAUGUAGAAUUUGUGGCUUUUUCUAUACAAUGCUGGUGGUGGCUGAUGGUCUCGACAACUGGCACGGUCCGCAUGAGAAGGUACGAUGUUGAAGGGACUCGGGAUCGCGGAUCAACAAAGACGUCAUACGCCGUCAAAUGGUUUGUCGAUACGCGUCCAUGGUCUCUCGCGCUUGCGCACAACGCACAGGGAACCCCCCUCGCCGGAUCACGUGCAGGGCUCGUCAAAGCCGUCAGGGCCGGCGCGGCGGUACGCAUCUUACAAAUCGACGGAGCUUAUGCGUUUCCCGCGCAAAAUCUACAGGUCGAUCCAACCGGAAGUGACGUAGCUGCGCAGACGCUGAACAGCGUGAGUAUGCAAGAAGUUGCGGGCACAAGUGAGAUGGAGAUCAAGCCGAAUCCCUAUUGGUUCUUCACUAUCGUGACGUCCCGCGGGGAACGGGAUAUGUCCCGCUGGAGUGUUGGCGCGCAUGUCAGCCGAGGAAAUUCGAAAGACCGCGUGGGGCUCAAGUGGUUCGUGCAGAAGUGACGUAAUCAAGAUAAAGGGCUUUUGUAAUGAAAGAUCGCGUUAACUGGAAAUAAUAAUAAUGAUAAUAAUAAUAAUAAUUUUUAUUAACAAUAAUUAUAAAAUCUAAUAAUCUAUGUACAAUUCUCUACAAUCACAUUUUUUUACAUUAAAUAAUAAUAAUAAUAAUAAUAAUAAU